CAAUAAUCUGACAGGUGUUGUUUGCACAGCUUCUUCGCUGAGAUUUUAUCUUCUUUUAUUUCACAUUGUCCUGUUGGAUGACAUCAUUCCAAGGGGUGUCACUGUGGUGGGUAAUCAGAGAUCUAUGCAGUAUACAGAACUGAUAUUGUGGAUUUGAGUCUUUUGUUUUGUCCCUGCAAAACACAAAGGAAUUAAUGAAGGAAAGCAGCUUUCAGAGUUUAUGUGAUGACUGCUGAUCUUGUCUGUCUGAAAUGAUGUUGGUGAUGCAGGUUUCAGAAGUUGCAGAAUUAAAUGUCUCUGCAGGAACAGUAGGAAAACUUCAGUCUUAAGAAGUUCUGCACAUUUAUAACAGAAGUCACAGCAACGUUUUCUAUGGCAGGGUUUGUAUUCAGUUGCUUCUUAUGAAUUUGCAUUUUCAGGGUAGAAGUUGGUUUCUGUUAUCCUGCUCUAAAACCGAUGAGACAAAACUUCUAAGUGGCGAAUUCACAAGACUGUCACUUAGCACCCCAAGAUGUGCAUUACUUCCAGUACGCUGCUGUUACUCCUGAUAGGGGUUGUUUGUAUUAUGGAGCUCCGUGCUGUACCAUACAUUCUUCAGAAAGAUCCAAAGUGCGGGCAGAAAGUUCAUGAGACAAAACCAUGGAGUUACUUUAACCUUUUCACCCGGAUUGUUGGGGGGAACCAGGUGAAACAAGGCUCACAUCCAUGGCAGGUUUCCUUGAAACGAAGAGAAAAGCAUUUCUGUGGAGGCACCAUUGUUUCUGCUCAGUGGGUGGUCACGGCAGCUCACUGUGUCUCAGACAGUUCUUACAGGAGCCUACUCAGGUAUUUGAGUGUCACUGCAGGAGAAUACGACUUAAGAAUCAGGGAGAAUGGAGAGCAGACACUCCCUGUUAAAUAUAUCAUUAAACAUCCAAACUUUGACCCCCGAAGGCCGAUGAACUAUGACAUAGCCCUUCUUAAGCUGGAUGGAACCUUCAACUUCAGCUCAUCAGUUUUGCCAGCAUGUCUUCCCAAUCCGGGUGAAAAAUUUGAAGCAGGAUAUAUCUGCACUGCUUGUGGCUGGGGCCGUCUAAGAGAGAAUGGACUGCUUCCUCCGGUUUUAUAUGAAGUCAAUCUACCAAUUCUAAAUAGUAUGGAAUGUUCAAGAGCAUUGUCAACUUUAAAGAAGCCCAUCCAAGGUGACACUGUACUGUGUGCUGGGUUUCCAGAUGGAGGAAAAGAUGCCUGUCAGGGAGACUCUGGGGGUCCUCUCUUGUGCCGACGUAAGCACGGUGCCUGGAUUCUUGCUGGUGUGAUUUCCUGGGGGAUGGGAUGUGCUCGUGGCUGGAGGGGUAAUGCGAUGAAGAAACAUGAUGAAAGAGGGUCUCCUGGAUUAUUCACAGACCUCAGUGCAGUGCUUUCCUGGAUUCAAGAAAAUAUGAGUGCUGACCUGAAAAUGAAGAGUUCCACACCAUUUUGUAGUGUUCAGAAUGGCAAACUCCCAGGCAGUGAAGGAGAACUAAAUUUUCCUGGAAGAUCGGAGCAGUUCUAUCAGAACCAUCAAUUGUGUGUAUGGACUCUGUUUGUACCUGAAGGGAAUUCUAUAUUGCUUCAUUUUUCCCACUUUGAUAUAGAGCCGGAAACGUUUUGUGACUAUGAUUCUUUAUCAGUCUAUUCAAAAGACAACAGACUUGUUGGGAAAUUCUGCGGAGGAGAUCUUCCAUUACCUGUUUUGAUUGGGUCCAACAGUAUAAGGCUGAAAUUUGUUUCUGACAGCAAGGAUUAUGGAACUGGUUUUUCUAUGACUUACAAAGCUCUUACGCCAGGUAUUCUUCCUGAUUCUGGCUGUGAGUCCUUAGCUGUCCUUUUUGAAGAAGGAGUGUUGCAAAGUAUGCACUAUCCAGAGCACUACAGCAAUCUGGCAGACUGUCAAUGGAUUAUUUGUGCACCACAGGACCAUGUAAUCAAGCUUACAUACCAGUCUUUUGAAGUAGAAGAGAGUGAAGAUUGCACUUACGAUGCUGUUACUGUGUAUGAAGAUGUGGGAAAAGAGGAGGAAAUUGCUAAAUCAUGUGGAUUUGUCCUACCAGCUCCUGUUCUAAGCUCCUCUUCUAUGAUGCUGGUUGUCUUUCACUCCGAUGAAACAGAGACCUUUGAAGGAUUCAGAGCUACAAUCACUUUUGUUCACGUUACAGAUUUAGAUACUUUGGAUUCUGCUAAUGAAGAAGUAUUUGAAAACACGAAUAUGACUGAAGAAGAAAUACAGGUUACAACAGAUGAUGUUUGUGGAAUGCCGUCAAAUCAGCCGAGGUUCAUCUUCAGUAGGAUAAUUGGAGGUGAAGAGGCUGUACCACACUCAUGGCCUUGGCAGGUCAGCAUACAAAUUUCAGAUCAGCAUAUCUGUGGAGGAGCAGUUAUUGCCAAAGAAUGGGUUGUCACAGCUGCUCACUGCUUUAAUUCUAAGGAACUAUACAGAGACUUAUGGAUGGUGGUCACAGGAAUUCAUGAUCUUACAGAGCAAGAAUACAAACAGAAAAGAUCAGUGAAGCAGUAUAUUAUACAUCCAAGCUUUAACAAGACCACUAUGGACUCUGACAUUGCUUUACUGCAACUGGCUGAACCCUUAGAAUUCAACCACUACGUGCAUCCUGUGUGCCUCCCUGCAAAGGAAGAAGUGGUUCAGCCCUCCAGUGUAUGCAUUAUCACAGGAUGGGGAGCACAGGAAGAAGAUAGAGAAAAGAGUAAAAAGUUGCAUCAGCUGGAAGUUCCCAUCUUGAUGCUUGAAGCAUGUCAGACCUAUUACAUAAAUCUUCCCAGUAGAGUGACUCAGAGGAUGAUCUGUGCUGGGUUCCCUCUGGAAGAAGGCAAGGAUUCGUGCACAGGUGAUUCUGGCGGCCCAUUAGUUUGUCCUUCAGAAGAUGGCUCAGGAUUUUACACCCUUCAUGGCAUCACUAGCUGGGGCUUGGGCUGCGGAAGAAAGAGCUACCCAGGACUAUACACAAAUGUUGGUGUUUUUGUGGACUGGAUCAAGCAGAGCAUUAACAGUAGCGAUCUGCCCAUUUUCAUGGUGUAACUGUCAGAAGAGCAGUUCUGAUGGACUACACUGUAGAACACUUCCAAAUGUCACUAAAAGCAAAAUGUGGUGAGAGCGUAUCAGUUUGUGACUGCUGAAAAGAUCAUAGAGUAGCUGAUCCUUACCUUGAUUAAUUUACUGCUUGUUUUCCUGAAUUGAGACUUCAACCUUAACCUGUGUGUCCUUGGGAUAUACAGAAGUUACUUGGAGGUUUCUGACAUGGUCAAUCUGUACUAGACAGAAGGAUAGGUUACCACAUGCCAUAUGUUAAGCAUGAACUCAAAUGCAGCACUGGAGAAAAAGAAAAUCAAUGCAAAAUAAGAAUGUAUGUUAAACAACUGAAGUCAGUUAUUUUUCCAUAAGGUCAAUGAGAGUGUUAGCUCUGGCUCUGAGGGGGCCUCAGUGGUGGCAGUACAUCUUUAAGGAUCCAGAGAGCACUGUCUAGUAGAUUAGUCAUGUAAAUCAAUCAAAUUGCUUGGAAAAAACUAUCUUAAUAUGCACAAAUAAUGGUCCUUGCAAGCCUGAUUUGCAUAUAUAUUAUUAGAAUGAUUUGACUACAUUAUUAGCCUGUUUGUGUAACAAUUUUUCUACAUGCAAUUGCACCAAAAGAAUUUUGAUACUUGCAAAGCUGCCACCAAAUGCAGAGUAGACAUAACUGUGUUCAACACUGCUUGGGCUUUUGAGAUGUAAGGAAGGCCUAGUGGGAGAGCCUGCAUGACUUGCAUGAGAACCUUCUAGUCUGCCUACUGUACCCAGUGGAAUCACCCACGGAUGUGAAGCCCCAUGUAUUAGCUUGUGUGCAAGCACAAGACUGUACAAGAUUUCCCCAUCUUGUUAGAUAAGAAUUCCAGUGAAAGGCAUUUCCUGGGCCUUGAAUGACUUGUUAUGAAUGUAGGGAAUUCUACACAGUAAGGGCUGUGCUUGGUGCAAAUACUCAUCUCAACGAUCCACAGUUUUUCAGUAACCUGGGGCACAGUGAGGAUGCUUCUCAUGCUUGAUCUAAGAUUUCCCUUGUAUCAACCGUGGUCCCGCUUUUAGUGUUUUAAAUAUGUUAUGUCCAAUAUGUUAUUUUAGGUCUAUUAGUCUUGGUUAGCAAUGGAAAUAUUGACAGAAGUCCAAAGGAAGCCUCAAUGACCUGCUAAAUGUUUAUAGUGUGAUGUUGCUGUGCUCUGUUCCAAACUUCUGUAUUGAAGCAAAGUUGCUGUUUUGAUUAAAAAGUAACAUCUUUUUUUCUG